AUGCUAACAAGUGGAUACCAUACAGCUAAUGGAUCGGGCAAGACCACGCUCCUCCGUCUGCUGUCGGGCAAACACAUGGCACCGAAUUCUACCGUAUCCGUCGCGGGCCUUGAUCCAUUUAAAGAAGGUCUAGAAGGCGUAUGCUACCUCGGCACCGAAUUUGUAAAUAAUCCAAUAGUUCGUACCGAUAUGGACGUACCAACUCUCUUGGCCUCAAUUGGCGGCGACUUUUAUAAAGAUCGACGGGACGAGCUCAUCGAAAUCUUGGACAUUGAUGUUGGAUGGCGAAUGCAUGCAGUCAGCGAUGGUGAAAGACGCCGGGUGCAACUUGCAAUGGGGUUAAUCCGACCAUGGACCGUGUUGCUCUUGGAUGAAGUAACCGUAGAUCUCGACCUACUCAGUCGAAGUGACUUCUUGUCGUUCUUGAAACGAGAAACGGAACUGAGGCCGUGCACAAUAGUGUAUGCGACUCAUAUAUUUGAUCACCUGGCGGAUUGGCCGACGCACUUAGUGCAUUUACAUUUAGGGAAAAUCAAGGAUUGGGGCGAGACGGAGAUGUUCGAUAUCGGCGGCAUGCGGAAAAGCGAAAACAGCCAGCUGGGAGAGCUCAUCUUGAGCUGGCUAAGAGAAGAUCAGCGGGAAAGAGGACCAAGGAAUGCUUAG